AUGGUGGGAUAUUUCCAAAAUGGCGGAAUAAGUCCAAAAGGGUGGAAUAAAUCCAAAUAUCUGAACAACCAUGAGUAUUGUAGCAUGGUGGACAUUCAAUUUGUGUUACAAGGGGGUAAACAACAAGUAUCACAAAAAUAUUGA